AUGGGAAGUCGAAUCCACGUCUACCCCAAUGGAUCCUUGGUUAUUGAGGCAGUUACUGAAAAGGAUGCAGGUGACUAUUUGUGUGUCGCAAGAAACAAAAUUGGAGAUGAUCUGAUACUGAUGAAAGUCAGCAUCACAAUGAAACCAGCCAAGAUUGACCAGAAACAGUAUUUCAAGAAACUGGUGCCGUACGGAAAAGAUUUCAAAGUGGACUGCAAGGCCUCUGGGUCACCCGCACCAGAAAUAUCCUGGAGUUUGCCAGAUGGGACGGUGAUCAAUAACGCGAUGCUGGCAGAUGACAGUGGACGCAGGUCUCGCAGAUACGUCCUCUUCGACAAUGGAACUCUGUAUUUCAACAAAGUUGGAGUAACAGAAGGAGGAGAUUAUACCUGCUACGCUCAAAACACACUGGGAAGAGAUGAAAUGAAGAUACGCAUCACGGUCGUCAUGGCAGCCCCUCAGAUAAAGCACAAUUACAAGACAUACAUUGAAGUGAAAGCUGGAGAUACAGCAUUACUGGACUGUGAAGCCGCUGGAGAACCCAAGCCAAAAAUAUUCUGGUUGCUACCUUCCAGUGACAUGAUCUCCUCGUCAACAGCCAGACACUUCCUGCACGUCAAUGGUUCUCUAGCCGUCAGUCAAGUCAAACUGUUGGAUGCCGGGGCGUAUAUGUGUGUUGCUCGUAAUCCUGGAGGGGAUGAUACGAAAUUGUAUAAACUGGAUGUUGUUGCCAAACCACCUAUCAUAAAUGGUUUAUAUGUGAACAAAACAAUCAUGAAAGUGACGGCAGUGAGGCAUUCGAGGAAACAAAUUGACUGUAGGGCAGAAGGGACACCUCCCCCUCAGAUUAUGUGGAUCAUGCCUGAUAACAUUUUCCUAACAGCUCCGUAUUAUGGGAGCAGGAUUGUAGUACACAAAAACGGGACACUUGAGAUUCGGAACAUAAGGCCUUCUGACACAGCAGAUUUUAUCUGCGUGGCACGUAAUGAUGGGGGAGAGAGUAUGUUGGUGGUGCAGCUGGAGGUAUUAGAAAUGCUAAGGCGACCAAUGUUCAAAAACCCAUUCAAUGAAAAAAUAAUAGCAAAACCUGGAAAACCUACCACAUUGAAUUGUUCUGUGGAUGGAAACCCUCCACCUGACAUAAGCUGGAUGUUGCCUAAUGGCACAUGGUUUUCCAGUGGCAUCAAGACUUCCCAGUUUCUCACAGGUAGCAAUGGUACCCUUACCAUCUAUAAUCCUGACAGAGACAAAGCAGGGAAGUAUCGCUGUGCUGCCAGGAAUAAAGUUGGCUAUAUUGAAAAGCUGGUCAUCUUGGAGGUCGGCCAGAAGCCCAAUAUUCUCACUCACCCGACAGGGCCAGUGAAGGGCGUUAGCGGGGAGUCGCUGUCGCUUCACUGCCUGUCUGAUGGGAGUCCCAGACCCAGUACAGCGUGGACUCUGCCGGGUGGCUACGUGCUGGAUCGGCCGCAGAUCAACAGAAAAUACAUACUGCUGGAAAACGGCACUUUGGUUAUACGAGAAGCCACCAUUCACGACAGAGGAAAUUACCUGUGUAAGGCCCACAAUGAUGCUGGGGAUUCCUCUAUAACCGUUCCCGUUGUUAUUGUAGCCUAUCCCCCGAGGAUUACAAACAGACCACCGCAGACCAUACACACGAUGCCUGGUGCCGCAGUUCAGCUCCACUGUGUAGCACUGGGAAUACCAAAACCAGACAUUACCUGGGAAUUACCUGACCACUCGGUACUCUCUACAGGUAACCAGGGCCGAGCAUCUGGGAGCGAACGGCUUCAUCCCCAUGGGACGUUGCUCAUCCAGAACCCCCAACCCUCAGAUUCUGGCGCAUACAAGUGCACAGCGAAGAACCAUCUUGGCAGUGAUUUCACAGUAACAUACGUUCACGUCAUUUGA